UUGUCCCCGCUAAAGUAAAUUGUUUUCUGGUUUUAAUCUCGGCCAGUACGAAAUCCAAGCUGUUUUAUCCGUGAAGAUUAACGAGAAACAAAAACUGUUUCUGGUGAAUUUGGUAAUUGUUGGAAUUCAAAGAAAGAUGAAUGUUAACCAGACUGAGGUACUCAAAUCAACUAGAUGGAGAACAAACCUGGAGAAAGUUAACAUAACCAAGAGGACUAAACAGUCCAAAACCAAUGCGGUUACUUUGAACUCCAUCCAAAUAAAACGGGAACCAAGAGACUUUGAGCAGAAGGAAAUUGGGGACGAUGACCGUUCCAAACUUUCCUUGCUGAAGAAGCAUGUCAAGCAACAACAAACUAUAUCCAACCAACCGACCAUGUGUAGUCAGAAGAUAUCAUGGAGUCCUCUAGUGCUGUUAACAAGAUUGUCUAAGGUGGUGGUUAAGACUCUUCUGAGCGAUACUAAAGUGUGUUUGGUGAAGGAAGAAACAGAUGCCAAGAGGGGUGAAGACAACAAUGGAGUCUUGUCUCCUCAGUUCUUUCCUUGUCCACACUGCACCAUCUCCUUUACUGACUGUUAUUUCCUAGAGAAUCACAUCAAGAACAAACACCAGAAGCAGUACCUGGCCAUGUUGAAAAGCCAAGUCUCAAAGAGUAAAAGAGUGUACGGCCCCACACACAGCUGUCCCCACUGUAGCUGCAUGUUCCAUACACCACGACAGCUAGACAUUCAUACCCGCCAGGCUCACCCCUCUGCCCGUCCCCGGAAACCUUCCCAUCCCCGCAGGGUUCCGGGGAAACUCCACCCCUGCCCGCAGUGUGCCCGCAGAUUCCCUUACCUGGGUACCCUGCUGAAGCACUGCAAGAAUUUGCACAAAAUGGCCGUUGUUCGCAUCGAUGGACACCUCAGUUGCGCGGAGUGUGGGAAGAGCUUUGAGAAUUGUUGGGGAUUGGGGCCUCACCGGUGUCACGAACCAGAGGGCACUAAACUUAAGGACACUAAGCCUGUGAUUUGUCUGGAAGUCGGCUUCCAUUGCUCUGAGUGUGGCAAGAUCCUCACUACUCCUACGAGCCUGAACACUCACAUGCGCAUCCACACCGGUGAGAAGCCUUAUGAAUGCAAGGAGUGCGGCAAAAGAUUCUCGAACGGCAGCAGUUUAGGCAAACACCUGCUGAUACACAAGGGGGUCAAAGAAUUCAAAUGCCAGGAUUGUGGGAAGGCUUUCGCCCAGGCAAACCUUCUGAGGAAUCACAUGACCGUUCACUCUGGUGAGAGAAAGUUCUCCUGCUCCCAUUGUGACAAGCGGUAUGCAUACAGGGGUAGUCUGGAGCUUCACCUGCGCACACACUCAGGGGAGAGACCUUUCAAAUGUACUGUGUGUGGUAAAGACUUUGCUGACAAAUGUUAUCUGAAAACACACCUGAAUAUACACAACAACCAGAAAAACUACCAUUGUGGGGUUUGUGGGCGGAAGUUCAUAAGGCUUGGGUUGUUGAAGUUACACAUGCGCUCACACACCGGGGAGAGGCCCUACCACUGCACAGUGUGCGACAAGAAGUUUUUUAGACUCUCACACCUGAAGAACCAUCAUCUCACUCACACAGGUGAGAAACCAUACACCUGUACAGAGUGCGGUAAAAGCUUCACUCAGUCUGGAGAUCUGGCUAAACACAAGCGUCACCACACUGGGGAGAGGCCGUUUGAAUGUUCUGAAUGCCACAGCCGGUUUAUCUGUUCAGGUUCUCUGACCCUGCACAUGAGGACCCACACUCACCGUGAUGUAAAGCCAUACUCCUGCCAAGAGUGUGGGAAGAGCUUUUAUGAACAGAGUCAUGUAAAAGUCCACAUGAAAAUCCACAAGGGGAAACCGUAUUCCUGCCCCCACUGCUUUUUUUGCUUUGCUCGCAAGAGCAACCUCUCCAAUCACCUGUCUAGAUGUCCUAAACUUAAAUGCGUUAAACUUAUGAAUGGGGGGGGGCGGGUUCGUUCCCUUCAAAGAAGCACUCCAGUCAACAAGAUGAAGAGCAAACCUGGGAAAAAGCUACACAACAAAACCAAGAGGACUAAACACCAUCGAGACCCCAUCAAAACAGAGUGUGGAACACAGUCAGAUGAUGCUUAUUGCAAUAGAGAAGAACCAGACAUUAGCCAAUCACCCUACAUUACUAAAGGGGGUUGUAUCAGCUCCAUCCAAAUCAAAGAGGAACCAACAGACUUUGAACAGCAGGGAAUGGGAGAGGAACCAAACCGUUCUGUUCCUUCCUUCCAGAAGAAGCACAUCAAACAUCAAAAUACAUCCAAUCCAAUGACUGGAUGUAGCAAGAUAUCAUGGAGUCCUGUGGUGACGCUAACAAGAUUGUCUAAUGUAGUGGUUAAGACACUUCUGCGAGACACUAAGGUGUGUUUGGUGAAGGAGGAAAACUCAGACAAGACAGAUGGAGUCUCUACUUCUCAGUUCUUUCCUUGUCCACACUGCACCAUCUCCUUCACUGACUGUUACUUCCUGGAGAAUCACAUCAAGACCAAACACCAGAAGCAGUAUGUGGCCAUGCUGAAAAGCCAUGUGUCAACAAGUAAAACCGUGUAUGCCCCCACACACAGCUGUCCCCACUGUAGCUGCAUGUUCCAUACCCCACGACAGCUACACGUCCACACCCGUCAGGCCCACACCUCUGCCCCGCUAAGGAAACUCCACCCCUGCCCUUAUUGUGACCGCAGCUUCCAGUACAUAGCCAGACUGCAUACUCACUGCAAGGUUUGGCACAAAAUGUCUGUCUCUUUCACAGAUGGAUACCUCAGUUGCGCUGACUGUGGAAAGAGCUUCAGGAAUUCCUGGGGACUGGGGCCUCACCAGUGUCACAAACCUGAGGACACUAAGCCUGAGGAUGGCCCUGUCUGUAUGAACAUUGGCAUGCCAUGCUCAGAGUGUGGCAAAAACUGCUCUAGUCCUCGGAAUCUGCGCAUUCACAUGCGCACACACACCGGCGAGAAGCCUUACGUCUGUAAGGAGUGUGGCAAGAGCUUCUCAGAAGACAGCAGUUACCGCAAACACAUGAUGAUACACUCAGGGGUCAAGCCAUUCAAAUGCCAGGAUUGUGGAAAGGAUUUUGCCCGGAUGGGGCGCCUCCGAGUUCACAUGACUAUUCACUCUGGCGAGAAGUCUUUCUCCUGCUCCAAAUGUGACAAGCGGUUUGCAUACAAGGACUGUCUGAAGCUUCACCUGCGCACACACUCAGGUGAGAGACCUUUCAAAUGUACUGUGUGUGGUAAAGACUUUGCUUACAGAAAUUAUCUGAAGUUGCAUCUGAAGAUCCACAGCAAUGAAAGAAACUACCAUUGUGGGGUUUGUGGGCUGAAGUUCAUAAACAGUGCUGCGUUGAAAACCCACCAGCGCACACACACUGGGGAGAGGCCUUUCCAUUGCACAGUGUGUGACAAGACAUUUUUCCGACAUGAACACCUGAAGAACCACCAGCGCACUCACACAGGUGAGAAACCAUACACCUGUACCGAGUGCGGUAAAAGCUUCACUCAGUCUGGAGAUCUGACCAAACACAAGCGCAUCCACACUGGGGAGAGGCCAUUUGAAUGUUCUGAAUGCCACCGACGGUUUAUCUGUUCUGCUGAUCUGACCAGACACAUGAGGAUCCACAAUAACUCACGGCCAUAUCCCUGCCAAGAGUGUGACAAGAGAUUCCGCUUGGCCAACCACCUUAAAAUUCACAUGAGGACCCACACUGGGGAGAGACCGUACUCCUGCCCCCGCUGCCAUCGCACCUUCGCUCGCACCCACCACCUCUCUGGUCACCUGCCUAGAUGCGGCACGAAACACAUGCCCUGGUCCCAGGGUCUGCUGGGGUUGUGGCCAGCCAGGCCAUCUGCGCCGGGAUUGCCCCAUGUCCUCCAGUGCUCAGGGAAACGGCUCGGGGUCCGCAUAGACCAGGUAGUGCGGACCCCUGGCUUUCUAUUCCAACCACCAUCAUCUUCAGGAGGAGCCCACCGGCACAGACGGGGAAGCAAGGCUCCACUUCCCCCAGAAGCAGACGAGGGCAAGCGGAUGGAGCCUGUUGUUGUGCAUGAGAUCGACACAGGUGAUGCUCGACCCAUCAAGAUGCGUCCCCGCCGUAACCCGCUGGCUCGCCAGGAGGCGGCAGACCAGGCUGUGUUGGAGAUGCAGCGGGCAGACUUCAUCGAGCCCUCAGACAGCCUCUGGGCGGCGCCAGUCAUCAUGGUUCCGAAUAAGGGGGGCAAGCUGAGGUUCUGUACGGACUACAGGCGGCUGAAUGAGUGCCACUUCAUGAGGAGAGAGGUGUCCUUCUUGGGCCACCGAGUGGGGAAGGAGGGAAUCAGCACCAUGGAGGACAAGGUGGGGGCUGUCCGAGACUGGCCCACCCCCACCAACCAGCGUCAGCUGAAGAGCUUCCUGGGCCUGGCCUCGUACUACAGGAGGUUUGUACGGGGCUUCUCAAGCGUUGCUGCUCCCCUGAACCGCCUGCUGCCGAAGGACAAGGCUUUCACUUGGACAGUGGAGUGGGCACGCCACUCCAACGCCAACGCCAUGUCCCGUCGGCCCUGUACUGCAAACGGCUGCCGCCACUGUGAGCGGAGAGAGGGACGGGAGAGAGAGCUGUGUGCAGAGGAGGGGAUCUGUGCCACAGUGUGUCGGGCGAGCGGGACUGUCUGCUGUGAGCUGCAGACUGUCGACGUGGCUGAAUGGGGGCAGCAGCAGGGACGGGACACAGACCUACAGCCAGGCUUUUACUGGGAGCAGCACAAGAGGGUUGUGGAGGACUUUUGCCGCCGCUGUGACAACUGCACAGCGAGAAAGGGCCCUCCAGGCUGCUCUCAUGCUCAGCUCCAACAGUUCCCAGUGGGGGCUCCCAUGGAGAGGGUGGGAGUGGAUGUGGGUGGGCCGUUCCCCACCACAGACAGUGGAAACCGCUGGGUGCUCACAGCCAUGGACUAUUUCACAAAAUGGCCCGAGGCCUAUGCUCUGCCUGGCCAGGAGGCAGAGACCAUCGUCGACGCCCUGACAGCGCGAAUGUUCAGCAGCUGUCCCCACUGUAGCUGCAUGUUCCAUACCCCACGACAGCUACACGUCCACAUCCGUCAGGCCCACCCCUCUCCCUCUCUAAGGAAACUCCACCCCUGCCCCUAUUGUGACCGCAGCUUCCAGUACAUAGCCAGACUGCAUACUCACUGCAAGGUUUGGCACAAAAUGACUGUUACUUUCAUCGAUGGAUACCUCAGUUGCGCUGACUGUGGAAAGAGCUUCAAGAAUUGCUGGGGACUGGAACCUCACCAGUGUUACAAGCCUGAGGACACUAAGCCUGAGGAUGGCCCUGUCUGUGUGAACAUCGGCAUGCCAUGCUCAGAGUGUGGCAAAAGCUGCUCUAGUCCUCAGAAUCUGCACAUUCACAUGCGCACACACACCGGCGAGAAGCCCUACGUCUGCAAGGAGUGUGGCAAGAGCUUCUCAGAAGCCAGCAGUCAUUGCAAACACAUGAUGAUACACUCAGGGGUCAAGCCAUUCAAAUGCCAAGACUGCGGAAAGGAUUUUGCACGGAUGUGGCACCUCCGAGUUCACAUGACCGUUCACUCUGGCGAGAAGCCUUUAUCCUGCCCCAAAUGUGACAGGCGGUUUGCAUACAGUGAUUCUUUGAAGCUUCACCUGCGCACACACUCAGGGGAGAGACCUUUCAAAUGUACUGUGUGUGGUAAAGACUUUGCGGACAAAGGUUAUCUGAAGACGCAUCUGAAGAUCCACAACAAUGAAAGAAACUACCAUUGGGAUCUGGGCAAACACAUGAGGAUCCACAAUAACUCACGGCCAUAUCAAUGCCAGGAGUGUGACAAAAGCUUCCGCAUGGUCGGUCACCUUAAAACUCACAUGAGGACCCACACUGGGGAGAGACCGUACUCCUGCCACCGCUGCCAUCGGGGGUUCAGUGACCUAAAGAACAUUGACCGUUCAGCUAAACGGCAUGACGAAAGCCGGGAGCAUCUCAACUCCUACGCGAAACUCAAGCUUUUGGGACAGCCGAGCCAUCGUGCCAAUCACUCACUCAAUGAAGGCCUGCGUAUUCAAGCUGCGCAACACAACGAGAAGGUCCGAAGAAACAGGGAUGUUCUCAAACGCCUCAUUGACAGCAUUGCAUACUUAGGCAUGCAAGAGUUGGCUUUUAGGGGACACGAUGAGACGGAAAGUUCCGCUAACAAAGGCAACUACAGGGAAUUGGCAGAGGUAAUCGCGCGGUAUGUGGAUGAUCGGGGGUGUGUCCAGGAGCGUUUCUUGGGCUACUUUGAUGUGUCAGCUGGGCGAGAUGCACAGUCUGUGUUUGAUCUAGUGAAUUCGGAGAUUGUGCAACAGAAUGCCAUGGAUGUAGAAUUUUGUAAGAGGAGGAUUGAGAAUAUUUUACUCAAGAUAGAGGAGCACAAAUCUGAAGAAGAAUUUAGUGCUAUAUAUCAGAAGGCUUCGAACAUGACAGAUGAUCCAGAGUUGACGCACAGAAGGAAGCAGAGGCAGGGCGCUCAGGAUGUAAUGCAGACGUACAAAUCACUGUACAAUUCAAUCCAUGACAACAUCAAGACACAAAUAGCACAGAGGUUCCAAAGCCUGGACAGCAGGAGAUACAUGGAGUUGUUAGAUGAUGAGAAAUUUGAGUCAUUCCGGAGUGAAUUCCCUACAAAUGCAAUGGAAAGCCUGUCCCAGAGCUAUGGCUGUUUUUUUAACAUGGAAAAACUGAAAAAUGAGCUGCAAGUGUUCUACUGUGGAGAGGAGCUUCAAGGGAGCAGUCGAAAACUGUGUGACAGAAUCUUGCAUUUCAAGGGGUGUGGUUUGAAUGAAGUGAUGCCUGAGGUGUACCGGCUCAUGUGCCUAGUUGCAACUAUAGGGGCAACGUCAGCGGGCGUGGAGAGCAGAUUCUCUCGUCUGAAGAGGCUGAAAAGCUACACAAGGAACACCAUGGGACAAGAGCGACUCAGGAACCUGGCAAUCCUAUCUAUAGAAAGGAGAAUUCUUAAAUCACUACAGAAGAAUCCUCACUGGUAUGAGAGGGUCAUUGACCAGUUUGCCAACCAGACUAUGAGAAGAAUGGACUUUAUAUUCAAGUGUGAAGGUGUUGACCUUAGCAGAGACACACUAGUCAACAAGAUGAAGAACAAAUCUGUGAAAAAGCAACACAAAAUCAAGAGGUCUAAACACCAUCGAGACCCAAUCAAAACAGAGUGUGAAACACAGUCAGAUGAUGUUAACUGCAAAAGAGAAGAACCAGACAUUAGCCAAUCUCCCUCUCCCAACACUAAAGGGGUUACUUCCAACUCCAUCCAAAUUAAAGAGGAACCAGCUGACUUUGAAGUACAGAGUCAUUGCUUCGAUUCUAGAGCACUCCACAAGGAUUCUGGAACCGUCAUAACCAAGACUGAAACAGAUUCCGUUUACAUUAGCCAAGGAACAGUAGAGAUAAAAGCGGAGUAUGAUUCUGAUUCUGAAAUACACAAGGUGGUGGUUAAGAGAGAAACUCAAGUGUGUUUCAUGAAGGAGGAGAAUGUGGGUGAAGAAGACACAGAUGAGGACCCCGAAGACAGGAGGGAUACUGACAGCAACAGAGUCUCUUCUCCUCAGUUCUUUCCUUGCACAUACUGCACCAUCUCCUUCACCGACCAUUCCUUCCUGGAGAAGCACAUCAAGUGGAACCACCAGAAGGAGUAUCUGGCCAUGUUGAGAAACAGUUUUACAAAGAGCAGUGGAACAGAGACGGUCCCAACACACAGCUGCCUCCACUGUAGCCUCAUGUUCCAAACCCCACGGCUGCUUAGCAUCCACACCCGCCAGAUCCACCCUUCAGCCACUCCCCGGAAACCUGCCCGUCCCCACAGGGUUUCGGUGAAACUCUACACCUGCCCACAGUGUGCCCGCAGAUUCAGAUACCUGGGCAGUCUGCAAAACCACUGUGAGCUUUCACACAAAAUGGCUGUUGUCAGCACCAAUGGACACCUCAGUUGUGCCGAUUGUGGGAAGAGCUUCAAGAAUUGUUGGGGACUGGGACCUCACCAGUGUCACAAACCAGAGGGCACUGAACCUCAGGACAUUAAGCCUGUGGUUUGUCUGGAUGUCGGCUUCCAUUGCUCAGAGUGUGGCAAGAUCCUCUGUAGUCCUCAGAGCCUGAACAUUCACAUGCGAAUUCACACCGGAGAGAAGCCUUACGCCUGCAAGGAGUGUGGCAAAAGAUUUGCUGAGAGCGGCAGUUUACGCAAACACCUGCUGAUACACUCUGGAGUCAAGGCAUUCAAAUGCCAGGAAUGCGGGAAGGAUUUUGCCCGUAUGAAGGGUCUCAGGAGUCACAUGACCACUCAUUCUGGCAAAAAGCAGUACUCCUGCUCCCACUGUGACCGGCAGUUUGGAUACAAGUCUAGUCUGACCAUUCACCUACGCUCUCACACGGGGGAGAAACCCUUUCACUGCACAGAGUGUGGUAAAGACUUCUCUAUCAAGAGAAACCUGAGGCUUCACCUAAAGAUCCACAACAAUGAGAAAGGCCACCAGUGUGGGGAGUGCGGCCUGAAGGUGAUAGACAUUGGGGCGUUGAAGACACACAUGCGCUCACACACCGGCGAGAGGCCUUACCACUGCACAGUGUGCAGCAAGCAGUUCAUUCGACUGGAACACCUGAAGAACCACCAGCGCACUCACACAGGUGAGAGACCAUACGUCUGUUCUGAGUGCAGCAAGAGCUUUGCUCAAUCUGGAGAUCUCACAAAACACAUACGCACCCACACUGGAGAGAAGCCGUAUGAAUGUUCUGUCUGCCACGGCUGCUAUACCUCUUCAGGGGAUCUGGGCAAACACAUGAGGAUCCACAAUGGCUCACGGCCCUUUCCCUGCCAGCAGUGUGACAAGAGCUUCCGCUUGGUCGGCCACCUUAAAACUCACAUGAGGACCCACACUGGGGAGAGACCGUACUCCUGCCCUCGCUGCCUCCGGACCUUCGCUCGCACCCACCACCUCUCUGUUCAUGUGGCUCAGUGUCGCUGAUUGAUGAUAAUGAUUUGCCUGGCUGUGUCGCGCCUCAAACUCAUUGCAUUAUGCUUUAUGGGGGUAACUCACCCUUUUCACUACUCCCAAUGUGUAGCCCUUACCUGGGGGAUCAGCCAUAUUUCACCAGAACACUGAGAUGGUAGGGGGUAUUUGGCUGACUAUUACAGUGGACAAACACGAUGAUGUAGGAAGCAUCAAUUCAAAGGUCCAAGAGCUCCAGACAUUGACACUCCACUAGAUACAGCAAGAUGUUGGGCAGAGUUUUUAGUUUGCAAGCAGUUUCAGAUUUGUUUUCUGGACAUUUAAGGGAUAGUUCACUACAAAAUACAAAUGUAUGUACUUUCCCAAUUACCAUGGCUUUAGGUGUAGAUGAUUCAUCAAAACGUCAAGAUGUGAUUAUAGCGCAAUAAAGUGACUUAAAUGUAAGGUAGACGUCUAUCAUGUCAGUUACUAUUUUGAGUGAAUUAUCUCUGUUUUGUACUAUAUCUAAAGUCUUGACACUAUUUUACUGAAUGUAUGAUGACAAUUGUUUUCUGAUGAAGGAGAGCAGAUUGGGUCUCUGCAGUACAUACAAGAAACAAAUACUCUUUAUACAGCCUAUGUACUGAAUCUAUAACCUACUUUAACUGAUAGUGUUGUCUUGGUGUGUGAUAAAUAGUAGUGUUAUCUUGAUGUGUGAUAAAUAGUGUUAUAACUGAUUAAUUACUUUGUAUUUAUUCUAAAUGAUUAGGCAACUGUUAUUAUAAGAAUGUGUCAAUGACUUGAUAUCUACUAAGUCAUAACAUUAACUAAUAAAUAUGAACAACAAUGUUAAGGCUGUUUAACCAAACCUUGCACAAUGCAAUAAAUUAUUUAAAAAAAAAAAA